ACACGGAUUUUCUGAAUUUUCCCUGCAUUUUGCGUAAUUUUGCGCUUUCAACGAAUUUAUCAAGUAUUUUAUUAUUCUUCCACUAAAAUAAAUUAAAACAAUGACGAAAACAGCCGACAAUGUGAACCCCAACGUGUACGAUACGUAUUCAGAGCGCGAAAUAACCUCGAACGAACUAGAUGAAGACGUAGUCGAUGAGAUAGAUCGAAGAGAGGUGUUUGAUUUGAUACGCAAUAUCAAUGACCCUGAGCAUCCCCUAACCCUAGAGGAGUUAAGGGUAGUGGAGGAAGGCAAUAUAUUCGUGGACAAUAAGAAGAAUGUGGUCAAUGUGUAUUUUACGCCUACUAUACCACAUUGCAGCAUGGCCACUUUAAUAGGUUUGUCUAUCAGAGUCCAGCUGCUCAGAGCUCUACCAAGCCGCUUCAAGGUCACCGUAGAAGUGUCCGAGGGUACGCACAUGUCGGAGCAUGCGGUCAACAAGCAACUGGCUGAUAAGGAGCGAGUAGCGGCCGCUUUGGAGAACAACAACUUGGUGCAAAUCAUCAACCAGUGUGUUGUCAACUCAUAAUAUUUUAACUUCUAUAUGAGAGAGAGGUUAAUAUAGGGCUCUCUCUGUUACUCAAUCCCAUAUAAAUGACAAAGGCAAAAAAUUCAGUAUGCGUUAACCAUUUUUAGUGACAUACUAGACAUGCCAACUUGUUUCCGUAGAUAGAGUAGUACAGAGAACAACAACUUGGUGCAAAUCAUCAACCAGUGUGUUGUCAACUCAUAAUGCUGCUGAGUAGUGCUAGUUUUAGUACAGUGAGUGAAUACUUUAUCCACAGAAAGAAGUUAAUAUGUCACUCAAAAUGGUUAACCUCCACUCACCUGUUCUCUUUGUCAGUUGUGUGGGAUUACUUACAACAGAGAGAACCCUAUAUUAACUUCUCUCCGUAGUUAGGCUCAGAUUUAUAGAGCGCACUUUGACUUAGCUUAGACUUAAGACACUGUUAAAACGAGACAGCGUUAUAUCACUGGCAUAAAUCUGUCUCGUUUUAACUGAAACUUAAGUCUGAGCAAAGUCAAAGGACGCUCUAUAGGUUUCAGCAUUAGAGUUUCAUACUAUGCUCUAUCCAAGAGAGAAGGCAAUAUAUGGCUCUCUCUGUUACUUAAUCCCAUGUAAAAGACAAAAAGUCACUAUGCAUUAACCAAUUUUAAUGACAUACUAACUUGUUUGCUUUAACGGUGAAGGAAAACAUCGUGAGGAAACCUGCAUGCCUGAGAGUUCUCCAUGUUCUCAAAGGUGUGUGAAGUCUGCCA